GGUCGUUACCGCGUUGGCUGCGUGUACCGAAGGCGACCGCGCUUGGUGCCUAAGGGCCAAGUCGAUCCGGUCCCUGGGGCUGCUGCUGGCGACAGCAACCUUGCUGUCUGGGAUGGCAGUAGGAUGAAGUUCGCAGACAACGUAAGUCUCAUCCCAGUGCAGCGAGCAUUCACAACUAUUCUUGAUUCCCUUCCAACAUGCCCUGCUAUGCAGCUACUGCCUUUGGUGCAGUCUGAGGAGGACCAUGUGCUGUUAGGCUCUCCCUGCAGCACGGUUGCUGCGGGCUACAACGCCGAAGCUGUAAAGGACUCCAAUGUCGACGCUUCCUCUCGGAUGAUAGCUGCGGUGCAUGAACCUUCAACAGAUGUUGCUGCGGUGUCAACCACCGCGCAAAGCCAUCUACUCAACACCAUAUUCACCAAGCCCUCGCCUGCCAUACUCGAGCGACCAGUGCUACAUCCUUCGGAGGGGGUAACAACACCAGCGACCACUCUGUCUACUAUUCCUGCAGCACCUGCUAGAAGAAUCAAGCAGCGACACGGCUUCAACCUUUCGACGGAAUUUCAGGAUUGGUUCAAGAAGCCACUGACUGUGGAGAUGGGGACGGCCCUAGAUGCUCUGUUCAAUCUGGAUACGCCAGACACAGUUCGCCUCGACAAGGCCUUGCUGGGAAUUGCUGGAGAUGCUAUAGCUGAGAUCCAAGAGGAGGUGGACGCCAUGCAUGCAGAGGCCAGAGCAGUUACUGCGGCUUGAUUGAUGGCUGUUUUAGCUCCAUGUUAGAUGAUG